AAAAAAUCAUACAGUCUGUAGAUUUUGAGUAAAUAGAUAAACUGUUUGCUACAACUUGUGUAGGUGUCAGCGGUGAAUUUCACCUGAAAUUAAAUAGCAACAUUAAAGGUAAUGACACUGAUAUUUGGAUUUCCAGUUGCAGUAGUCAAGGGUAUUGGAGUGCAAAUGGCUGUAAGAGUAGCGGUGGUAGUUUUGCUUAAGUCGGUUGAAGGGGUUUUGUUGGCCAUGGUGUCUAGUUUCCAACUUUCCAUCAUUUUUCCAGCCAUAUUGACAAAGAAGAUACCACAGGGUAGCACCGUAGCAGAUCGAGCAACAGAUCGCUUCUCCUUCGCAUCUCCAGAUCCAUCAGUAGAUCAGCUUCUCCAUCGCAUCUCCAGAUCGGAAAGCAGAGGGCAGCAGAUCAGAUCAGCCUUCAUCAGUUCAUCGCUUCUCCAAAUUGGGUAGUAGAUCGGUAGCCAGAGCAUCACCUCCACCGUGCCUUCAUCCACCAGCCUUCACCAUUGAUUUCAACUAAAAUCUCCUUACCUUUCUCAGUUGAUUUUUGAAGCCAAGGUGCUUCUACAUUACAGUUCAAUAUUUUUCUUGAUUUUGGUUAUCAAUUUAUCAAUUGCUAAAUAAUUUUGUGAAGAAUUU